GAAGAAGUGACUCAAGUUGAAUGAUCAGCUCUUCUAUAAUUAUAGUUUCUUUCUGUGCGGACGUAGCCAAAGAGCGGUUCGUUUCACGCAUUGAACGGUACCAGUCGCGGACAUCUCUGGGAACUGCCGGACUCCAUACAAAAUGACGUCAAGAAUCGUAGCGACUGUGGAAAAACACCUUUACGACGAAAGCAAGCCCUGGGCCAAAUGGUUUGCCCUCGGUGAGGAGAAGACCGGUGUGAAGAGGCUGUACCUGUUUGGAAUUGCCCUUGCCUUUUUGGCCAUUUAUUUGGUGUUCGGCUAUGGAGCUCAACUGCUGUGCAACGCAAUUGGUUUCGGUUAUCCUGCAUAUGCAUCCAUCAAGGCCAUAGAAAGUCCACAGAAAGGUGAUGACACCAAGUGGCUCACCUAUUGGACAGUGUUUGCAGCCUUCUCUCUUUUGGAAUUCUUUUCAAACAUCAUUGUUGGUUGGAUCCCUGUCUACUGGCUCGUCAAGUGUGUUUUCUUCAUUUGGCUGUUCGCACCCAUGGAAGAAAAUGGCUCUGUUGUCAUCUACAAACGCAUUCUGAGGCCCCGCUUUUUAAAAUAUGAGGGUAAAAUGGAUGAUGCUCUCAGUGGUUUGGCUGACAAAGCUACCAAGUUGGCAGCAAAAACUUUGUUUGAAGAGAACAACUCAAAGAGAGAUUAAGUUGUUUCUAUCAAGACUGCAUAUUGUGAAGGUUGCUAGGUUCUAAGUGAAAGCUGUGUGAAUGCAAAAAUGGAGAGAGGUUUAGUCAUAGGAAAGGUUUUUAACUUGUUCAUCUCAUUCUAUCUUGUACUUUGACUUCCAUGUUUUUAAGUGUCAUUUUUUGUGUGUCAAGUUUUCUUGUUCCAAUUUGUUCCUCUUUUUAUUUUUCAAUGAAAUUCGUGUUUAGUUCACCUCUUUAACAUUUUCCAGUAAACACAGUGUCUGAAAA